AUGCCAUCCUUUCCAGUUCGGGCUAAAGCUAGACGACCUGGACUUGCUAGGGGGCAAAUCCGAGGCAGAGAUGAACUCUGGAAUGUUCUUUAUCAGCCACUGCUGAGUUGGCCUGGCCUUGUGAGCUUGAUCGGACUUCCAGCGAACAGAGUUUCACUUAGAGGCUUGACCACAGGGAAGUGGCUAGCCUUUGUCCUGUCAUUCUUCGAAAUGCACCCAUCCUAA